AGGUAGGAGGUUUCCGCCAAGUGCUGUGAUUAUAAAUAGCCGAGCCCAUAGAUGUGUCCCAUUUCAGAACACAGAAACCUUUCAGAACGAGGGGGAAGCGAGCUAGCGUCGGAGUCGCGUACCCUUGGUGUCAGAGAGUAAAAGGCAUCACAAGGACAGUAACAGAAACCUAAUAAGGUCUUCGGCAGCGGCACACCAUGCAGCGAUGGACCCGCAACGGGAUGCUCGACUUCUCGCAGCCGUCGGCGUCGUCCCCAUACGGCUUCUACAACGCCGGCCAGGGAGCGUCGAGCAGCCGCGGCAGGUCACACGGCUGCCGGAGCCAGGACAAGGAGCAGCGCAAUCUGGAGAAGAACCUGACCAAGGUGCGCAAGGAGUGGAUGAAGGUGAAGGAGGAGAUGGGGUACGCGAGGCUGCUGAGCGAGCACCUCAGCGAGACGGUGACGGAGGCUGACCGGAAGGUGGCCGCCAUGCUGGAGGAGCUCGACCGGACGGACAAGUAUAUGCAGGACAUACUGUCCUCGUCCCUGCAGAAGUGAAUUAGCCUUGGUGAUGGAUGCUUUUUUUCUGUUUCGCCGGAUGUUUGCAUAUUUUUAGCUAGCUAGAGCUUCUUUUGUGGGACAUUUUGCCAUUUGGUAUUCUAGUACUAGCACUGGUAGUAGAUGUAGAUGUCGGUCUGGGGAUGAAAACGGGACGGGUA